AUGGAGGACCCCCUGGAUACUCGGCUCUAUGCAGACCCUUCCCUGCCACAGGCAGGAUCCUGGAGGGCUUCUGGGCUCCCCUCAGGACCUCCACAGUUGCCUCCUGUGGUCACUGGACCAUCCCUGGACACUGCCCGUGCUCACAUGCUGGCUCUAGGACCCCAAAAGCUGCUGGCGCAGGAUGAGGAAGGAGACACGCUCCUGCACCUGUUUGCGGCGCGGGGGUUACGCUGGGCAGCAUAUGCUGCAGCUGAGAUGCUCCAAGCGUACAGACAUCUGGACAUUCGUGAGCAUAAGGGCAAGACCCCUCUUCUGGUGGCUGCUGCUGCCAACCAACCCCUGAUUGUGGAGGAUCUACUGAACCUGGGAGCGGAACCCAAUGCCACUGACCAUCAAGGACGUUCUGUCUUACACGUGGCCGCUACAUACGGGCUCCCAAGAGUCCUCUCGGCUGUAAUUAACUCAGGGGUUCGAGUUGACAUAGAAGCCAGAGACUUUGAGGGCCUCACCCCACUCCACACAGCCAUCCUGGCCCUCAACGUGGCUAUGCACCCUCCUGACCUAUAUCCCCCAGUACUGAGUACCCAGGCCCAGGACAGGCUGGCUUGCGUCAAGAUGUUGCUGCACAUGGGUGCUGAUCACACCAGCCAGGAGAUCAAGAGCAACAAGACUGUUUUGCACUUGGCUGUGCAGGCCGCCAACCCGACCCUGGUUCAGCUGCUCCUGGCAUUGCCCCGGGGAGACCUGCGGGCCUUUGUCAACAUGAAGGCCCAUGGGAACACCGCCCUCCACAUGGCAGCCGCCCUGCCCCCUGGGCCGGCCCAGGAGGCCAUUGUGCGGCGCCUGCUGGCAGCUGGAGCGGAUCCAACACUGCGCAACCUGGAGAACGAGCAGCCUGUCCACCUGCUACGGCCUGGGCCGGGCCCUGAGGGGCUCCGGCAGCUUUUGAAGAGGAGCCGAGUGGCACCCCCAGGCCUGUCCUCUUAG